UUUAAUAGGAGAAAAUGGGAUUUUGGAAUGGCCGAAAAGAAUGAGAAUCGCCAUACACUCUGCAAAAGGGUUAUUAUAUCUACAUCAAGGUAGACCUAAAAUUAUUCAUCGAGAUAUUAAAGCAGAUAAUAUUCUUCUUGAUAAUGACUUUGAACCAAAGUUAUGCAGAUCCAGAAUAUGGUGAUAUUCAAAGAGUGUCUGAGAAAUCAGAUGUAUAUUCUUUUGGUGUUGUACUUUUAGAAUUAAUUACUGGAAGAAAACCUUUAGAUAAUCGAGGGGACACUAUUAUUAAUUGGGCUAAGGAUCGGAUUGGACAAGCAUUGGAAAAUAAUGAAUAUACUGAUCUUGUUGAUUCUAGAUUACAAGAGUACAAUGAGGAGGAAAUGAUAAGAAUGAUUUGUUGCGCUGCAGCUUCAGUAUAUAAACCUUCUCGCUCUCGACCAAUAAUGAAACAGAUAAUUAGAGUUCUUGAAGGAACUAUACCUCAUGUGAAGAUAAUGAAUUGGAAAGACAUCGAAACUCUUCAAGGAAGGCCUACUACUAAUCUAGAAUCUGUACUUAGCGUUGAGAGGAUACAAAUUACUACAUUAAGAGUAUUUACUUAUCAAGAAUUAGCAAAAACAACUGGUGGCUUUUCCAAUUUCAAUCUCCUUGGCGAGGGUGGUUUUGGUCAGGUUUUUAAGGGAACGCUUCCAAAUGGUAUGGUUGUUGCAAUUAAGAAGCUUAAACAUAUGUCUAGACAAGGGGAAAAUGAAUUUAUGGCAGAGAUUGGGACGCUUAACUGCAUCCAUCACCGAAAUCUCGUGAAUCUGAUCGGAUACUGCAGUGAGAAAGCCAAUAGAUUGCUUAUUUAUGAGUUUAUUCCCAACAAUUCCUUGCGAGAUCAUUUACAUGUUUCUAUAAUUGCAGAACAGGACAACAGAGUGGUCAUCAAUUGGCUAGCCAGAAUAAAAAUUGCCAUAGGUUCUGCAAAAGGAUUGGCAUAUUUGCAUGAAAUCUGUAAUCCAAAGAUCAUACACAGGAAUAUCACUGCUAGCAAUAUCCUUCUUGAUCAAAACUUUGAACCAAAGAUUUCAGAUUUUGGACUUGCCAAGCAAUUUUCAAAUUCUGUUACCCAUAUGUCCACUGUGGUAAAGGGAACCUUUGGUUAUCUUUGCCCUGAAUAUUUCAGAACCCAACAGAUCAGUGAUAAGACUGAUGUAUAUUCCUUUGGUGUGGUGCUUUUAGAGUUAAUCACUGGUAAAAAGCCUAUUUCAAGGGAAGGCAAUUUUCAAGCCUUGACUUCUUGGGUAGCAGUUCAACUCAAAGAAGCUUUGGACACAGACAAUUAUAGUAAUAUUGUUGAUGUCAAAUUAAAGAAUAAUUAUAGCAAAAUAGAAAUGAUUCGAAUGAUUUAUUGUGCCGCAGCCUGUAUAUAUAAACCUGCAAAAUAUCGGCCAAAAAUGAGUCAGAUUGUUGAAGUCUUACAAGGAAAUUUGGCAUCGGAAAGUAUAUGGCUAAGCAGUGACAACACUUUCCUUAAGGAUGAGUGUUAACUACAUUAGCCAUGGGAAUCAUAGAUUUAGAAAUAUAACCAAUACAACGAUACACAAGGUCUGGACUAAGAGAAGCCUCAGCUGCAAUUAAUUUAUGCAACUCUCUACUCCAUUCCCUUUUCAUACAUUGACAUAGUCAUCCCUCCUUUGGUUCAAAUUGCCCUUCAUAGCCUCCUUUGAUUCAAACUGGUUUUUAUAGGUAUGGUUUGUGAUUUUGUAGAUCUGAGUUAUGCUUAGAACUCUCUUACCCUCCGAUUUGUGUGUCCGUGUGUUUUUUUAUUUUAUUAUUAUUUUUUUUUGUGUUAA